CGCCCACGUUUCCGGUGUAGGUAAUCACGGAUUGGUGAGAGAGGUUGUUCGGGCGCUAGAGCGGGAAUAGGAGGGAAGCAGGAAAGAUGGCGAGCCUGUGGAUGGGAGAUAUCGAUGAGUCUAUGAAUGAAGCGUUCGUAACGCAGGCCUUCCAGGCCAUGGGGGAGACGGUGCGCAGCGUGAAGAUCAUACGCAACCGAUUCACAGGGGCUCUGGCCGGUUACUGUUUUGUUGAAUUCAUCGACCAAGCUACGGCGUCCCGAUCUCUGCUGAACAUCAACGGGAAGGCGAUCUCUGGAACCAAUCCUCCCAAAAGGUUCAAGCUGAAACACGCACUUUACACGAAGCCGGCCACCGCCACCACCACCGCUGCUCCUGCUCCUGCUGAAGUCAGCCCCAGCCCAGCAGUAAGGAACCCGGCGGCGGAGUACGUCCAGGCCUUCAACUACUACACCCAACAGUUCCAGCAAAUGCUUUCCAACUGGAAGUAUGAUCCCAAAAGCAACGCUUACAGCUAUCAGCAGUACGGCUACACCGCCAACACCUGGCAGUCCUCAGAAGAAUUUGGCGAGGAGUCCAUGGAAGAUCCCAUCCCCCAGCUGGAUGUGAACGAGGCCAAUGAGGAGUUCAUGGCGCAGAGCGAGGAGCUGUACGAGGCUUUGAUGGACAGCCACUGGCAGCCGCUGGACACCGUCACCUCCAAAAUCCCCUUGGACGUGUGACCGCCCCCCAUAUUGGGCCCCCUUUUGUCUUAUGGACUGUAUUCUGCCUUUUAUCCUCUUAAAGGGAAAGUUCAUUUUGUUCAAAUAUGCUGUGUAUAUAAGAUGCGACAUUUGUACAAGUUUUUUUAUUUAACGUAAUUGCAAAAUAAAAUCAAUUUUUUUUU